AUUCAUUCAUCACAAUGGCGGCUCAGCAGCAUGUGUCUUGCGGGCGAUGCCUCAGCUGUGUUCCCGACAUCUCAAACUCGAUGCAGCUAGCAUCAUAUGCAGGCUUCGACUUUGUGGCAAUGCCCAUCGUGCACCCGAGAUUCCAAAGAGAGUUUGUAGAAGGAAAAGCCAAAGACAGAGUGGCAGCAUUUGCACGAUCAGACUUACUAUUACCAAGCCAAGAUUGGAGUGCCUUGGUUGUUGGCAAGCUGUCAGAAUGGCUGCAGGUAGAUGCGGAGAACACUGUAGUACGUCAGAACUCGCAGGUUGCUCUGAUGCAGGAGCUGAACUAUGCGGCCCAUCUGAGUCUGCCAGCUGUCCUGGUGCCCUUGAAUAAUAUCAACUGUGUUAAUCUGGCGAGGUGCCUCUACAGUCACAUGCAGGGUCACAGUAACCACCAGGUAUGGAUCCAUGUACCUAUUCAAGCUCCAGGCACAAUGGUCGAUGAUGUGGUGGAAAACCCUGUAUCCUUCGAUGAAACCAGCAAAGACAACGAGCCCUGGCACUGGUGGAACACACUACGACGGGCCUGCAACCAUCACAAGCGUCUUGGUAUAGCUCUUGAAGCAACACUAGACCUGCCAUCACAAGAUGUGAUUGACAGAUGGAUGGGUGAACCGGUCAAGUGUGCAAUCUUCUCUACUUCUCUCUUCCUUACCAACAAGAAAGGAUUCCCAGUACUCUCGAAAGCUCAUCAGUCAUUGGUCGUGCAGCUCUUUAGGCUAGACGUGCAGAUGAUGAUCAAAGGUACCAACAGGCAUCCGGACAAAGGUAUCAAGGCGUACCAGCAGUACAUGGAGCAUCUCUACCAGUCCCAGCCCCCUCUAGGAGGGGUCGAUGCAUUCGCCAAGGGCUACGAGGACUACCUACAGUGCCCUCUACAGCCCUUGUCAGACAACUUAGAAUCACAGACGUAUGAGAUAUUUGAGAAGGAUCCUGUGAAGUAUACGCGCUAUCAGGAAGCCGUCUACAAAGCUCUGAUGGACAAGGUUCCAGAGGCACAGAAAGCAUCUACUAAGACAAUAAUAAUGGUCCUAGGAGCAGGAAGAGGCCCUCUUGUGACAGCAUCAUUAAAGGCAGCCGAGCAAGCCGAGAGGAGUGUCCACGUGUAUGCCGUAGAAAAGAACCCCAACGCAGCUGUAACGUUAUUCACAUUGAAGGAGGAUAAGUGGGGUGACUUGGUCACUGUUGUCCUGACCGACAUGAGAGAGUGGGAGGCUCCCGUGAAGGCUGACAUCAUCGUCAGCGAGCUCCUGGGGUCGUUUGGAGACAACGAACUCUCGCCCGAGUGUCUAGAUGGAGCACAACCAUUCCUCAAAGAUGACUGUAUCAGCAUUCCAUGUAAAUACACCUCCUAUCUUAGUCCUCUGAUGUCUCACAAGCUCUACAAUGAAGUCAAGUUAUGUAAGGAGAAAGACAAGAAUCCAGAAGCUCACUUUGAGACACCCUACGUAGUCCGUCUGCAGAACGUCUCGGUCCUCGACAAGCCCCAAUCGGUGUUCACCUUCACUCACCCGGCUAAGCCACCGACGGACAACCAGAGGUACAAGCAUUUGACCUUUGACAUCAAGGAGGAUGCAGAGCUUCAUGGGUUUGCAGGGUACUUUGAUACGGUGCUGUAUGGUGACAUCAUGCUCAGUACUGAACCAAGCACAUAUUCCGAAGGCAUGUUCAGCUGGUUCCCCAUAUUCUUUCCAUUAAAAACUCCUAUUCAUCUAAAUGCCAACUCCAAGGUGACCGUCCACUUCUGGAGGAACGUCAAAAGCCGCAACGUGUGGUACGAGUGGUCGCUGACCGAACCCGUGGCCACGCCCAUCCACAACAUCAACGGUCAAUCGUACACCAUCAGCUUGUGAUGAUUGAUGCAUUCAAAGCCCCACCUGUUGACAUUUGACCCUUAAAGAUAAAGUUGAGUUCUGGUCAUGCGAUUGCAUUGUAAAAGAAAAGGUGCGGAAUGGGUCAGAAAAAGUUGAUCAUGUAGCAUGUAAUGUUGGUGUGUACUGCAAGCUUCUGGAGUCAUCAAAAUCAUAAUCAAUUUGGCCCAGCCUUGGUAAAGUAACGAGCACUGUACACAGAAAGAUGUAUAUGGGAAUACACAAAUUGUGUCGGGGCUACUAACCUUGCCCUUCCUUGUCUUUCUGUGCUCAU